AUGAUGAUGGCGUUAAACCGGCAUAUGUUACAUAAUAGUCUUUUGAAAGUUCAACAACAUAUAUCUUUAACUUCUAGUAGUACAUUAAAAAUUGCAGGGGUUACCAGUAACAAUGGAUUGAAUCACACACUUAAAAGAUCUAAUUCAUUUCAACAAUCUUCUUCAGAUAGUGAAGAUGAUACUUUAAAAAAAAAUCCGUAUUACUCAUCAUAUGCUGAGAAAUUGAAAGCCUUUAAAAGGUAAGUAAUGAGUAUAGUGUAAAUUACAUUUUAUAAAGAUACAAAUAGAUCAUGUCAUUGAAUAAAAGUAACUUUUCAAAAAAUAAUUUAGAAUAUUUAAAUUUAAGUAAUUUUAAAUGUGAUAUAAAAUCAGUUUUAAAUAGUUUGAAACUUUUUUGGUAAUUAAUAUUUCUGUUUUAAUUUAUUAGAAAAGAUACUGAUGGAUACAAGGAGGCAUUACAACAAUUGCGAACAAAAAAUCAGAAGAUAAAUAAUGCUAUUGAUUCAAUAACAGAAACUACUGCUGAAGUAUCAUCAAAUCAUGUUGACAGUACUCCAAUUAAAAUGCAUCCAAAAUCUAAGCGUAGACCAUCUCAAACAUUAUUGGUCAAGCCAAAAGUAUAUAAAAUCUCCAUACCUAUUUUUUCAGUUAUACUUAUUAUCAUAUAUUAUUUUGUAUUUUUAAAGACUCUGGAUCAAAUUAUGAACAUAGAUUUGUUACUUAAUAAGUCAUGGCGGGAUAUAUCAGAAAUAUGGUUGGCUUACCAUAAGAACCGUGAUGAAACUUUAAGUGCAGUUAUACCAUUAACACAUUUUAAUACAUUUUACAACCAAUCAAUUAAAUAUCCCAUGGUAAUUAACGUUUACUUUUAUGUUUUAAAAUAUGUAUACUAUGAUAAAUGAUUUAUUUUAUAAUUUUAGUUUAUACUUCCGCUGCCUCGCAAUAAUGGGUAUGAGUUCAUGUUUAUCCAAUUUCAACAUUUUCAAGAACAUAAAUUGCUUAACUGUUCAGUACACAUAACUCCAUUAAUUAGUUAUCAGGUAGCAUUUAAAAACAAUAUAUUGUCAUAUUAUUUUGCAUUUAUUAUUCUUCAAGUCGGUUAAGAAGACAUUAUACCCGCAUCUAAUGUCUCAGACUAACUACCGGGUAACACGCAAAAACAAUGCUUACGCCGAAUAAGUAAAAUUUUGAUUUUAGAAUAAAAGUACCUAUUAUGACAUUUAUAAAGAACAAUAGUUUGGAGGGAAUACCCUAGGUAUUUUUUGAAUUAUGAACUGUGUUCUGUCUCACAAAAGAAAGGUAUCGCGUUUUAACAAAAACCGGUCAGUGACGCCCCCUUUCUUGUUUAGAUCGCACUUCUACUCGGUACACUUGAGCUAGCACAGUGCCUUUCUUUCAUGACUAUAUUAGAAAAGUUAGUUAUUUAAAAAACAACAAAAAAAAGGUUAUUGUACCUUUUAUAUUGAGUUGUAUAUUUUUUAAUACAAAAGCCGUAUGACAUUCCAUCAAAAAUAUUGUUCUCUAUACAUUUCAUAAUAGGUACUUUUACUCUAAAAUCAAAAUUAAGCUAGUUUUACUUAUUCUGAGUAAGCAUUGUUUUUGCGUGUUACCCGGUAAUUGGACUGAGACAGUAGAUGCGAGUAUAUGCGUCCUCUUAACAAUUAUUUGUUUGUAUUAUAGACUUAUAAUGAAAACGCACCAGAAUGUAUGACUGUGGAAUAUUAUACAGACCUUUGCAACAGUGAUAAAAUCAACAACACUGAUUCCAAUGACGAAUCGUGCGUGCUAAUGAGAGCUACAUAUGAUGGAAAAUUGUUAUCGGCUGUUGAAUCAUCUUGUUUAGUGAACCAAUUACGUAUAUUUUACCAAGCAGAUUCUGGUAAUACGGAAAAAGAGAAACUUUUGAAGUUAUUUAAUGAAGGUGAUGCAGAAUUUCAGCAUGCGGAUGUAAUAAGUUGUGUGGAAACUUUAAGCCUUUAA